AUGGGUAUUGAUAUCUGUCACAGAUACGAUAGAAAGGUAAAGAGGAAAAAUCCAAAAAGCGAUGAUGUGUACCUUCGUCUGCUUGUUAAAGCGUACAAGUUUUUGGCACGCAGAACCGGUUCAAAAUUCAACAAAAUAAUUAUGAGGAGACUUUUUAUGAGCAAAAUCAACAAACCUGCCCUGUCUCUGGCACGCUUGAUGCGAGUAAUGAAGAAAGGCGGACGUGAAAAUAAAAUCGCUGUUUGUGUUGGAACAAUCACUAAUGAUACGAGAAUACGAGAGUUCCCAAAAAUGAAAGUGUGUGCUCUUCGAGUAACCGCGGCUGCCCGUGAACGGAUUUUGCAUGCUGGUGGAGAAAUAAUCACUUUCGACCGUUUGGCAAUUCUCAGUCCUCUGGGAAAAAAUACAGUGCUUAUUCAGGGACCGAGAAAAGGAAGAACUGCUGUCAAGCACUUCGGCCCUGCACCUGGAGUACCAGCAAGCCAUACGCGACCCUACACUAUUUCAAAGGGUCGUAAGUUCGAGAAAUCUAGAGGUCGCCGUGCUAGUCGGGCUUACAAAAAGAAAGGUGGACAUUAA